UGACGUUGUUGAUCCUGUUUGGAUUAGAUUAUUUAGUUUUUCUGGUUUCAACCAACUUUUUAGUUUUCCAGGCACAAUUUUAAGCGGUCGUGCCGCUUAUGAAGUAUAUAAACAUAUGGACCUACUUAAAAGCAAAUCUUAUAAUUUGACAAAAGCUGCUGCUAUUAGAAUGGUUUCUUUUUCCUUUUUAUUUGCUUUUAUAAAUUUUUUGGCUUGUAUAUCAAGCUUUAUUGCUAUUAUAAAAGGUUAUCCUUUUGAAAAAGAACCUAAUAGUUUGGAUUUUAUUG